GUGCAUAUGUCCAAAACCAUGGCCCUCCGUGUUUUUGGUUUAAAUUUAGUAAAAACUAACAGAAGUCUGCUGCAAAAUGCGUGCAAGGCAACGGCCCUGCCUGCAGGCCAUACGGUGGCGGAGGCUUCAUAUGCCACAGAAGUGACGGUCCACGCCUCACCGGCGGCUAUUCAAAAGCAAAAGGUCAGCAAAGCCAUGAAGGCCUAUCUGAAACGUGCCACCGAGCACGACGAGUUCAUGAAAACGCAGCACCUGGAGUUCCAAAUCGGCAAGCGGCACUUGGCCAAUAUGAUGGGUGCCGAUGCCGAGACCUUUACCCAGGAAGACAUCGAUGAGGCCAUAUCGUAUUUGUUUCCCUCUGGUUUGUACGAUCCAAAAGCAAGGCCCGCCAUGAAGACACCAGAGGAAGUUUUUCCCGCCCGCAAGGCAGCAGAGUUCGAUGAGACGGGCAGGCCGUUUCAUAGCAUGUUCUACACGGGAAAACCCAAUUUCUUUCAGCUUCUACAUGAAAUUGUGGAGGAAACCAACAAAUUGUACGAACUAGAGGAGCGAAUGCUGCGUCGUGGCAUAAAGCCUGAUGAAAACCAAAAGCUAGAAAUCGCUGGUUUCCAGGUUCUGCCCAAAGAUCAACUGGAAACGCAGUUGGUGGAGAGCAUUGCGGACAUUGAAUACACGAACUUUUCCAACUCAAUGGAUCGUUUGAUUGCCUCGCCAUACGCCUACAAGAGCAAGGCAUUUAUUGAACGUUAUCUAAAGCCCCUGAUGGACCAGUCCAAGCAGCUGGAGGUACCAAAGCCAAAGAUCGAUGAGCAGGGACGUCAGUACAUCACUACCUAUGAGUGUCUGCGCAAGACGGCCCGUGCGGAUGUCACCGUACGAAUGCCAGGCACUGGCAAGAUCAGCAUCAAUGGCCAGGAUAUCUCCUACUUUGAGGACGAAAACAGCAGGGAACAGCUGCUCUUCCCGCUGAACUACAGCGAAUUGCUGGGCAAAGUCGAUGUGGAGGCCAAUGUGGAAGGCGGCGGUCCAUCCGGUCAGUCGGGUGCCAUACGCUGGGGCAUUGCCAUGUGUUUGCGCAGCUUCGUUGAUCAAGAGAUGAUUGAGUCAAUGCGUCUGGCCGGUCUGCUGACACGUGACUAUCGCCGGCGGGAGCGCAAGAAGUUCGGACAGGAAGGAGCACGUCGAAAGUACACGUGGAAGAAGCGCUAAGGCGGACACAGGUCUCUCACGUUGCAUUUCAGUUUAAAAUGUUUAAUAAAUAUCAAACUAUGUUAAA